AGCAGAUUCGCGACCUGGAGGUGAGGCAGGCCCAGCUGAGAGAGCGGAGAGCCGCGCUGGAAUCAUCCCGGGCUGACGCUCACAAGUCCGGGGCCCGGUGCACCCAGGACGCGAUCUUCCCAGAUGUCCUUCACUGCGACGCCGGGACACCGCGGACCCUGGGUGCAUCCACAGCGGAGGACGCGAGCCGGGUCCCGGGCGACGACUUCUCCCACUCCUGCCUUCGACAUCUCCAUCCUGAACCGCUUCGCUCCCCUCCGCGAGACAGGACUCGACGCUGUGAUCAUCGGAGACUCCAUCGUCCGACACGUAAGUGCUACGUUAGCCGAAGGUAAAGUGCACACUCAUUGUUUGCCUGGUGCUCGUGUUCUCGAUGUUUCUGCGCAGAUACCCGCGAUCCUGAAGGCCGACGAGAGCCCCAGAGCGGUCGUGCUUCACGCCGGGGUUAACGACACCACGCUGCGGCAGACGGAGACGCUGAAGAGGGACUUCAGCAGCCUGGUCGAGACGGUUCGCAGCACGACGCCCGCGGCGACGAUCGUCGUGUCAGGACCACUGCCCACGUAUCGACGAGGACACGAAAGGUUCAGUAGACUUUUUGCUUUAAAUGAAUGGUUGUUGUCAUGGUGUAAAGAACAGAAACUGCUAUUUGUUAACUGGAAUCUUUUCUGGGAGCGUCCUAGGCUGUUUCGCGCUGAUGGAUUACACCCCAGCAGAAUCGGAGCGGAGCUGCUCUCUGACAACAUCUCCAGGACACUUCGCUCUAUGUGA